AAUGGGGGCCGCGCGUCGCGGGGGGCGAUGGGAAGAUGGCGGCCGGCGGCAGCGGCGGCCCGGGCGCUCCGUGCCGGCACCACGCGCAGCUGGGAGCCUGCGAGUCGCGCGCCAAGUACCGCGAGGGGUGGCGGCCGCGCGCCGUGAAGGUUUACACUAUCAACUUGGAAUCUCGCUAUAUACUGAUACAAGGAGUUCCUGCCUUAGGUGUUAUGAAGGAAUUAGUUGAACAAUUUGCAUUAUAUGGUGCCAUUGAGGAAUAUCAUGCUCUAGAUGAAUAUCCAGCAGAGCAGUUUACUGAAGUGUACCUUAUAAAAUUCAAAAAACUGCAAUGUGCAAGGGUGGCCAAGAAAAAAAUGGAUGAACGAAGUUUCUUUGGUAGUUUGCUGCACGUGUGCUAUGCUCCAGAAUUUGAAACAGUCCAAGAAACUAGAGAGAAGUUGCAGGAUAGAAGAAAGUAUAUAGCAAAAGCAACAAAUCAAAGAGAUUGCUUUAUGUUAAAGAAAGUAGAAGGCCCUAAGAAGACAGCCUCAAAUGACUGUCCAUGGAGUACAUCGGGAUCAACUACAGCCAGUAACUGGGAUUCAUCCUGUUUUACAAGUUCUCCUGGGGUAUCCCACAACACAGCGUAUCCAUCUGGGAAUCAGAAUCAGAGCCUGUUAACAUCUCCACACUAUGAUAACAAUUGUGCUGAAAUUUCUGGGUACUUUGGUCAAAACACAUCUUUAACUCCAAGUGUACAUCCAGAAGUGUACACUCCACCAGCUUCCUUAAUGCAGCAAAGAAUGGUUCCAGCUUGUAAUGGAAUUGACAGGUUCAUGCCCCGUACAACUCACCUACAAGAACGUAAGAGGAAGAGAGAAGAGGGUAACAAGUUUUCCCUCAUUGGUACAAAUGAGGACAAUACUGAAGUUGUUAUUGGUCCACAACUACCAGAAAUACCUAAAGUGGAUAUGGAUGAUGAGUCUUUGAAUACUUCAGCCACAUUAAUUCGAAAUAAACUGAAAGAGGUAUGGGUUCCUAAAGCUCUGAUAAUUCAAACACCGGUGCUUGUUAUACAUAAAAAUAGUGACUAUCUGAUAGCUUUAUUCAGCAUUUACUCAUUAGCAGUUUAUCUGCCACUUAAAGCCAGUGCUCUUACUAUUUAACUUUUCCACAAUCUAGAAUACUGCAGGCAAUUUUACUCCAGACCUCUUACACUACACUUGAGAAAGUGUAAAUGUCAGUGCAUGUUCUUAUGUAAUUUUUCAUAAACCACUUUUUUUCCCAACAUGUGAAGGCAUGAUAAUUAUGCAGGUAGUCCUGCUCACUCCAGUGUGCUACUUGUAUCUGGUUUCUGAAAGGAAAAUAAUGGAAGUCAGAGUUCGACGUAAUUUUGCUCCAACAUGUCUUAUGCCAUUAAAAGCUGUACUGUGGGGUUUCCAGUCCCGGAUUGGGGUGACCCCAAAAGAUGGAAAAGUCCCUCCUCCAACCCGUGCCUUCUAAGGAAGACUCAGUAGUCUUCUGUUGUCUGUUCUCAAGGUUGUUUAUUAUUGGUUAUCUAAAAGA